AUGUCAGAGAGUUCUACAACAACAUCGACAACAUCGACUACAAUGGUCGAUGAUACCCCAAUGGUAGAUGAGACCAACAACAACGGAAACAACAACAAUGGAAACAAUGAGAUGGUAUCAAUCACAGAGAACUCUGCAACUAUACAAUAUAACAGCAAGAAGGAGGUGUUUUACAACCCUGUUCAAGAAUUCAACAGAGAUAUGUCGAUUCUGAUGAUUCGUUUAUUCAUCGAACAACGCAACAAGGAGUUGGUAGAGAAGAAGAAGGAGCCCAAGAAGGUCAAGAUCCUCGAGGCGCUCUCUGCCACCGGUCUGCGAUCAAUUCGUUACGCAAAGGAGCUUGACGGCGUCGACUAUAUCUUGUCCAACGAUAUUGAGGAGCCGGCCGUCAAGUCGAUCGAGAAGAACCGUGAUCUGAACAAUGUUGACAAGAACCUCCUCAGACCAAACCAGGGCGAUGCCACCACUGUCAUGUACAACCAUCGCGACCCACAGGACCAGUUUGACAUCAUCGACAUUGACCCCUAUGGAUCACCUUGCAACUUCCUGGACGGUGCUGUCCAGGCCGUCUCAGAGGGUGGUCUGCUCUGUGUGACCGCCACCGACUCGGCGGUUCUCUGUGGCAACCAUCCAGAGGCAUGCUUCCACAAGUACUCAUCAGUGCCACUCAAGGGUGACUUCUGUCAUGAAUUCGGUAUUAGGAUACUUCUCCACACGAUUGAAUCACAUGCCAAUCGUUAUAAGCGUCACAUUGUACCUAUACUUUCACUCAGUGUGGACUUCUACAUCAGAGUGUUUGUGAGAGUGUACACAUCGCCACUGGAGUGCAAGCGUAGUUUCUCAAAGUUGGCAAACAUCUUUAGCUGCGUUGGCUGUGGCAGCUACACAACUGUGCCACUGGGCAUCGUGGAGGUCGAGGGUAAGAGCACCAAGUAUAAGCUGCCCAACCUUGGCAAGUUCCUGGACAGCACCACAUGCAAGUUCUGCACCAAGCCACUGCAAAUGGCAGGUCCAUUCUGGAACAAGUCUCUCCACAACAAGGACGCUUGCAAGACUGCAUUGAAGUACAUAGAGGAUCAUCCCAAGGCGUUCAACACUUGCAAGAGGAUGUUUGGCGUGCUGACCUCUGCGUUUGAGGAGCUGGAAGACGUGCCCUUCUACUUCAAGAGCGAUCACUUCACCUCUGUGUUGCACACCAACACUCCCUCGAUCGCCAUCAUCAGAUCGGCCAUUUUGAACGGUGGAUACAAGGUGUCGUCCAGCCACGUUCAAUCAGUGAUCAAGACCAAUGCUCCAUUCGAUUUCAUGUGGGACGUGUUCAGAACAUAUGCCAAGUCUCAUCCACCAAAGAACACCUCACUAACAUCUCCAGCUCACUUCAUUCUGGCCACUGAACCAAAGCAUGUGAUCAACUUUGAUUUACAUCCACAGGCAAACGGAGCAACACCAGACGUACCCAAGUAUCUGCCAAACCCAACCGAGAACUGGGGACCACAGGCAAGAGCAGGAAAGCGUGGAAAUGAAGGCGAUGAGACAGUUGCAGAGAAGCGUAUCAAGAACCAGGGAAAGUACACAAAGCAGAAGGAGCCAAAGGGUUCAUGGAAGCAUAUCCCUUGCAAGCGAAUGUUUGAGAUUGGAGAAUGCUCCAAGGGUGCCAGCUGCAAGUAUUCACACGAGAAGCCAGACACAACCACUGCCACAACCGAAACUGACAACAACACCAACACCAACAACAACAACAACUCAUAA